AAAUUAUUAACGGAGCAUGCGCAGUAAUGUAGUUUGCAUUUGGUGGCCAUUACAAACGACACAAAAUCCUGAGGACUGCAUGAAGCAUGGCUGGAAAAGACGGUUCCAGUUUAGUAAUGCAUCAAAACGAAGGACAAAAUGAUGACACCGACGUUGUCAGGAAAAUUACAAGCAUAAUCUUAAAAGAAAAAAAACCUGUGUCGCUGGCAUAUAUUUGUCAGAGUAUCAAAGAUGCAGAAUUCAAACAGAUAUACUCUGUCAUUUCAAAAUAUCAAGAUAAUUUCUGCAUCCUUACAACAACCAUUUGUUCAUCUUACUACAAAAGUUGUAAUUUGCGAAACGCAUUGCUCGAAGCAAAGUUGUGACGGUGUUAAACCCCAUUGCUCAGGUUUGCACAUUUGUAAAUACUACCUACUGUCCGGAAACUGCCGAUUUGGUAGAAGAUGCUCUUUUGGUCAUGAUUUGAACACAGAUCAUAACAGAAAGCUUCUAGAAGAAAGUCAUUUGAACAACAUUACAGUUAAUGAUCUCAAUUUCCUGUUAAAACAAGUAAAUAACAGGACAACGCUGACUAGUCCAGGAAUUUGUAAAUUUUACAAUAUAGAAAAUGAUAAAUGUAGACAUUCAGAACAUGGUACAGUAUGUCCACUUUUGCAUAUAUGUAGACAUUAUGUUAACGGCGAUUGCAUGUAUGGUAAAAAAUGCCGAAGAAGCCAUAAUAUACUUGACGAUGCCAGUGUGCUUAUACUGCAAAAGCACGGUAUAGAUACACGCAGGAGGCCAGCAGAAAUACUGAAGGAACUAAGAAGCCUGGAUGUACAAAACCGAGCAAAAGAUGGACUUGAAGCGGAUAUCAAAGAAAGAUCAGCUAGGCCUACACAGGAGAAGAAUGGCUUACAGUCUGAGCAAAACAUUUACCAAGAAACAAUCCUUUCUUCAGAUGAAGGUGCCAAUUCAUCAGAUGAUGCCUUGUCAGUAAAAAAGGAAGAAAUUGUCGAUGAAGAAAAUCCAUAUCAAGAAGUAUAUACUCCUCAAUUGCAUGUAACUGUUUUAUCUGAUCAUGUGCCAUUUCGUUACAUGUCAGCUAUUACUGCCAGUGAAAAAAGAGCCAAGGGUAAACGAGACAAACUGAAAAACGCUGACAUAGGAAGUCUCGUAGAAGUUCAUGUUGAGAAUUAUAGCGGAAAUAUUACUAUCGUUGGAUUUUGUGCUGACUGUGAUGGUAAGGUUCAUCCAUAUAAUCUGUAUGGGGAGAACUGCAAAGACGGUGUUUAUAACUACAAAUGCAAAACUGAAUCUGGCUCACCGAUAAAGUUGUUUGGAGUAUCAAUAAUUACUCCAAAAGUUAAAGAAUAUCAGGACAGUCUGAAUACAACGGUAGCUUUUCUCGGCAAAUGUGGUGUUUCUGAAAUGAAAUUAUGUGAAACAAUCGAGGAUAAACAUUCUAUUUAUCUGAAGUUCAUAGUUUUUCUUGAAGAGUGUGGCAAAUCUAUCAGUGGGAUAUCACCUGUCAUACGCAGCAGAAAGAACCAAGCCGGUAAAGAAGAUGGACAUGCGGAGAAUUGCAAAAUGGCUGGUCAAAAAAGAGCAUUUGAAUGUCCCGAUGGUGAAAAUGCAAAACGGCGAAAAGAAUCCAAUACAGUUACAUUGCCAGUUCGAAAAGUGUUUGAACGAUGCUACAGUAGACAAAGCCCACAUACAUGGGGAAAUUUCAUUGACACUUCUGGAUAUCAAGAGUCUGCUUUAACAUGGAAGGCACAGGGCGAAGCUCUUCGCUCUGUUUGCAUGAUCUGCUAUCCCGGAGGGACCGCUACAGGAUUUCGAGUUGGUUCUCAGAAAAACUACAUAAUGACAGCCGCUCAUGUUUUAGAACAUAUACGGCAACCAGGACACCGCCGUGUUGGAAGAUCCAAGCUAAGCCCACUCAACAAUUCUGAGGUAUUUGUAGUGUUUGAUUAUCUAAAGGAAGGAGAAAUUCCAAUGAGCAACAAGUUUCAUUUCAAAGCAGACAUCCACUUUGAAAAUGCUGAGACAGACACUGUAAUACUAGAAAUUUUAGAAAACGGCCAUGGUACCCCAAUACCACCUCCACUUACAUAUUUCAGAGCACCAGAUUUCACAAAGGAGUUUUUCUUCAUUGGACACUCUGAAGGAAAACCUUUAGGCAUUAACAAGGUGAACAAGAUAGUGGAUAUGAAUAGCAAAGAAUCCAGGAUUGAUAGAAAAAAUGUAAGGCAAUGGAGUUUAACUCACACCAAAUGUGUAGUGUAUCCGAAGGGCCGAGAAUAUGAGCAUGAACCGUUUCAAACUCUAACAAACAAACAUAGGUUUCUUUUUCACUGUAAGUUUACAAAAGGUGCCUCUGGAUCCCCAGGUGUAGUUUGUUUAAAUGACGGCCGAAAGGUUGUUGUUACUAUGUUACUUCGUGGGUAUCCAGAAUGGUACUAUGAUCCAAACAUGGAAGAAUUUAAAGCGAACUGGUCAAAGGACGGUCUUUGUGUGGAACAAGGGGUAAACUUAGAGUCUGUGUACACGUUCUUGUUCAGAGACAAUAAGGGGUUAUGUAUGGAUAUAUUUGGUUCCGAAACAGACUAAAUAAUGCACAGACUGAAAACGUUUAAAUACCAAACAUGUACAUAUUGAGAGUUCAGCUCACGGACUAGGGUAACUGUAGUAAUCACUAUUCGUAUCUUCCUCAUAGAAGAGCUGUGCUCUGAGGCAGGAUUGGCUGGUUCCAAGCUUUUGAUGGUCGUGCAGAAUGAGCAUGGGAAGAGCAGUUUACUAAUUACCAAGACUGUGAUUGGUAUGUUACUUAUAGGUGGGAGUAAUUAUAUUAGCGUGACAGCCUACCCUACCCAGAGUUUUUCAGCUGAAUUAGAGGAUUAUGUUUCUCCACUUUAAACUAGGUCGCUGACGAAAUAAAAUAACUUCCACCUCGCCAAAUAUUUUAAUAUGUUCAAAGAAGCGUGUGAGAUCAUUUGUUUGAGCCCGACAACGAAGUUGUAACGGGGAUAAACUGGUUGCCUGUCUGUCUGUCAGUCCGUCCGUCCGUCCGUAGACACAAUCUUGUGCGCACAAACAACCUCAUCCCCUCGACACAAUUUAAUGAAACUUCAAAAAAGUGAUCAGUAACAACAGUAGUUGUGCUUGUGCAUGUUAGGUUCUUUCAGAAAAAAAAAUGCAGAGUUACGGUACUUUUUUACUAUACUAUAUACAUAUGCAAUCUUGAGCGCGUCUAAUCUCCUGAACCCAUGCACACAAUUUAAUGAAACUUCACACAAGUGAUCAGUAGUAACCCUACUUGUGCAUGGUGCAUGAUAACUUAACUUAGUUUAAUUUAGUUUUAGGAAAUCAUUUGAUUGUUUGUUUUAUGUUUAGUGUUGUUUGUGUUUUUAUACAUCAAUGCGUUCUAGUUGUUGUUUUUUCCACAUAUAAUGCAUGUGACCGUUUACAAACAGGCAGUAUUUUGUUUGCAACAUUCUACACGCCCCUAGCACCGGCUUAGGUGGAAUUCUUAUAUAGAAAACUUUCACAGAUCUAAUAUCCAUGAUCCAAGUGGACAAGAAAAUAUAACAACACUGAGUCCAAGUAUGUGGAAACUUUUUAUAGCCGCCGAUUGGUACUUAAUGACCAGUUUCUUAUCAGUUAUUUGAGCUGAAGUGAGUUCACAUGCAUCAACAUGACUAUUUAAUUGCACAUGGACAUUGAAUAUUAAACUGAAACUUCUUAUAAAGACUUAAUUGCAAAUAAGCAUUUUUGCUCUUUAGUGUAUAUUUGUAAAUUUGAAAUGUUCUUUUGUAAUUACUUUGAAAAUUCUUUGACACACGAUCAUACUCUACGGGGUGAGCAUAUAGCAUCAUUUUAUAGAGGUUUGUACUUCAAAGGUCAUAAUCACACUGAUCCUUACCUCUUAGCUGGAAAAAAAUAUUGAACUCGAUUUAUAAAACUUCAUGGAAUGAUUGAUAAAAAUACGUUUAACCUCUAUCGUUUUCAGACUUGAAAUUACUCUAACUUUAUUUAAUCGUUAAGUUUUCAGGAACUCGACAUUUCAAACUUUGUAUUAUUGUAUUAAUGACUGAUUUUGAAUGAAAGAUUAGAAUAAAUUUAUAACACUGGA